GCAGCAGCAGCAACAACAACACAGCCAGGGCUGCAGGCUGGCUGCUACACUCAGCUCCUCCAGAUAAACACCCGCUGUCACAGUCCCAGCAUGGCCUAAUCACAGCUGAAGCAUGCCCAGGUUAGAAACCAACAGAAACAUGCUUAAUUCGGACCAGUAGCCAUGGUUGUCGGGUGUUGUCCACUAGUUUAGUCCGGCUAACCUUAGCUCGGCGGCUCGCUACCAGCUCCGCGGCUAGCUCGCUAACGAGAACAGGGAGAUGCGAGCGAAACCAGGGUGGUGUUGCGUGAUUAAAUGAACAAGAUAAGCAAGUUCGAAGAAGUCUGUGGGAUUCAUCAUGAAGUUGUAUGUGUUCCAGGUCAACAAUGGCAGCACAUUGACAUUUGACACUGACCUUGCUGUGCAAACUGUACUGGAGCUUAAACAUGCCAUCCAAGCCAAAUAUAAGAUUGCAAUUCAGCAUCAAGUCCUUGUUGUCAAUGGAGGAGAAUGUAUGGCUGCAGACAGACGUGUCUGCAGCUACAGUGCUGGCACUGAAACCAACCCCAUAUUUCUGUUCAACAAAGAGAUGAUUUUGUCUGACCGGGAUCCAACGAUUCCCAAAACCACUUUUUCAAUUGAAAGUGAGAUUCAGGUCAAAGUGGAGGAAUCACUUCUGAUGCCAGCUGUCUUUCACACUGUUGCCUCGCGAACACAACUUGCUCUGGAAAUGUUUGAAGUUGCCAACAAACUUUGCUCCUUCUGUGAACGUUUGGUUCACGAUGAACAUCUCCAACAUCAAGGCUGGGCGGCUAUCAUGGCCAAUCUGGACGACUGCACUCUGUCUUAUCAGAAGUUGCUUGUGAAAUUCAACGCAGCAUACACAAAUUAUCAACAGGACUUGGAGGAAAUUAAGGUUAAACUUUCAAAGUUAGGAACAGCAGUCGCUGUGAUGGCAAGGAUACCUCUGUUGGAGUGUUUGACAAGACACAGUUACAGAGAAAGCAUAGAAAAGUCCAGUUCAACCCCAGACAAGGAUUCAGAAGAGACGGAAGGAGAAAAAUCCACCGACUCUGUGCUCUGCAAUACUCAAGCACAGAUCCCCUCUAAGUCAUCAGCUUCCUUGUCUGCGUCAGGGAAAGCCUCAUCUGAGCAAGAUGGAGACCAGGAAACAAAUGAAAUGACGGACAGUGGUGGGCUGAGAGCUGCAUUAUUAGAUGACAACACUCCAGAGGCCACCAACCCAUCCUCAUUCAAUGUUACACUAUUAGAUUGGAUCAACGUCCAAGACAGACCCCAUGAUGUAGAAUCGGUUGUGAGGAAAUGCUUCGACUCCAUCAAUAGGCUUGAUCCAAGGAUCAUUCAGCCCUUCCUAACAGAUUGCCGUGACACAAUUGCAAAGCUUGAUAAUCAAAACAUGAAAGCCAUCAAAGGACUUGAAGACAGGUUGUAUGCUCUAGACCAAAUGAUUGCGAGCUGUAAGAAGUUAGUGAAUGAGCAGAAAGAGCUUGCUCAGGGAUUUCUGGCCAAUCAGAAGCGGGCUGAAAACCUGAAGGAUACAUCUGUCCUGCCUGACUUGUGUCUGAGUCACACCAACCAGCUGAUGAUCAUGCUGAACAACCACAGGAAGCUGUUGGACAUUAAAAAGAAGUGCACCACUGCCAAACAAGAACUGGCAAAUAACCUUCAAGUCAGACUCAAAUGGUGCUGCUAUGUAAUGCUUCAUGCGGAUCAAGAUGCAGAGAAGCUUCAGGCUCUUCUCAGACUUCUGACAGAGCUGCUAGAAAGAGUGAGGGUUGUUGAGGCCCUCAGCACCGUUCCCCAGAUGUACUGCCUAGCAGUGGUGGAAGUUGUCAGGAGAAAAAUGUUUAUGCGCCAUUACAGAGAGUGGGCCAAUGCACUCGUGAAGGAUGGGAAACGACUUUAUGAGGCGGAGAAGUUCAAACGGGAAUCCUUUGGGAAACUCUUUAGAAAGUCUUUCCUCCGAAAUCGGUUGUUUCGAGGACUUGAUUCAUGGCCUCCAACAUCCUUUUGUACACGAAAGCCCAGAAAGUUUGAUGAUGAACUCCCAGACAUCUCAGUUGAUGACCUGCAGUACUUGAAAUCUUGUUGUCCUGUUGAGGUGCAGCCUUUCCUCCUGCCUGGCGGGGGGUCUCGUUGGCCUAUACAAUGGAUUCCCACCAUGUGUGACUUUGAGCCCCUAAAUCGCCAUGUAGAGACGCUUCAUCAGCUGGUCCAGGCUGCGCAGAGUGUUGAUGAAAUGUCUCAGACCAUUACAGACCUACUAUCUGAACAAAGGGCCUGUUGUAGUCAGAGAUCAGCGGCAUCGACACCACGCUCUGGAAGCAUGCCUGGAACCACAACACCGCUGUCCUCCAGGACACCCCUCUCCCUGAGCCUCCAGGGAGCCAGCUGCCAGGCUCUGCAUGUACAUGUCCCUGCUCCUUUAGAGGAUUUGUCUCCAGACAGCAUUGAUGCACAGACAUUUGACUUUGAAACCAUUGGCCAUCCAAACAUGGAUCCAGUCCUGCAACAGGUAUCCCUUGACUUGGAUUCUCUAGCAGAGAGCCCUGAAUCAGACUUCAUGUCGGCAGUCAAUGAAUUUGUGAUUGAAGAAAACUUGAUCUCUCCUAAUCCCAUCAGUGACCCAAUUAGCCCGGAAAUGAUGGUUGAGUCACUGUACUCCUCAGUCAUUAAUGCUAUUGACAGCAAGCGAAUGCAGGAUACCACAAUACUAGAGAAAGAAAAUUCAAGGAUCAUUGCGCUAAAAGAAGCUAUUGAGAAGUACCAGUCCGCUGCAGAGGAGUCUCAUUCCAAUUUAAGGAGUGUAAAGGAUGAUCUUCAUCACUUAAGAGGUCUAGUAUUGAAAGAACUACAGGAAUUUGGCUCGUCUUUGUGUAAUAUGACCACAGAAGUGCACAGUACUGUGGAUGACAUCAGGCAGACUCGUGAAAUGGAACUAAAGGAGCAGCAUCAAGGUGAACUUAUAACUGUUCGCCAAGAGCUCGAGAAACAAGUUCACACACUAACAGAGGAAAACCAAGUAAACCAGAAUAUUGUUAGAGAUGUCCAGCGUGCAAUGCUAGAGUUGGAAGGACUCAUGGAGCGCAAAGAGAAAGAACUUACUCAACUUGAGCAUGAAAGAGAGCGAUGGGUUGAAAAAGAGAGUUGUCAGAAUGAAAAGAUCAAAGACUUUGAGCAAGUUAUCAGUAAUCAAGCUGAAGAGGUCGAGACGCUCACAAGUACAAGGGACUCUUUGACAAACCAGCUUGAAAACCUGCACUUUGAGAUUGAACGCAGUCAGCAGAAAAUCCGACAGGAGUUGGAAGCUGUCGGGCAGUGCCACUUAAGGGAAUUGGAGAUCAGAAUGAAGCAGGAACACGAGAUGGAAGUGGAGACCCUGAUUAAGGAUAAACAGGAAGCUCUGGAACAUCUUGCUGCUGAAAACAGUUCAAAGUUAACUGAGGCAGAAAAUCAUCAUGUCGCUGCUAUCAGAGGGAAGGACAUUCAAAUCCAGGACUUUGAAGCUCGGCUAACUGAGCUUGCAGAACUCCGCUGCAAACUGGAGGUGGAGAUGGCUCUCAAAGAGUCAGAGAUGGAAGAGGUAAGGGUCUUGUUCGAAGAGGCCAAGAUGCAGCAAGCAGAGGCUGUGAGAACCCAAGUAGAUGCUGAGACCAAAGUUCUUGGAGAAGAGUUGGCAGACCUCAAAAAACAACUUCGGAUAAAGAAUGAGGAGUAUGAAGUGGACCUAGCAGAAUUGAGAACUCUUAUGAGGAUUGAGAAGGACCACUGCAUCUCAGAGCUCGUGGACAGGCACGAGGAGGAGACUAUUCUGCUGCAGAGCAAGCUGUCUGCCCUGCAGAAAGAACUCCAAGAUGCUAAAACAAGCUAUGCUGAGCAGCAGGAGAAACUUCAAGAGGAGUUGCAUCAGCAAGUGACUUCUCUCAGUGAAGAAAAAGAAAAUCAAUUCAGGAGUUUCCAAGAACAGGAACAGAAUUUGAGGACUACUAUUAACACUUUACAGUCAGAAAAAGACCAGCUCCUGAAAAACCUAGAUCAGGAAAGACUUGUAACUCAGAAAGAUUUAGGGAAAGAAGAGGCCUCAAAUAUUGUACCACCAGAUGCCUUUAAAGAGUUAGAGCAACAAAAAGAAGAGCUUAAGAAGAGACUUUUAGACAGAAUUGGACAACUAGAGAGUGAGCUUCAUGAGAAACAAUCAUCAAAGAGUGAUGAAGGGUUAUCACUGCGUGUUGAAGGUCAUGCAGAUGCUGGACCACCUAAGUCUUUAGAUUCAGCAUUACAAGAGCGCUUGCAGCAGCAGAGGGCCUCCCUGCAGAUUCAGUUGGAACUUAUGGAGAAGAAGAAGAAUGAAGAGAUACAAAACCUUAAGACAUCACUAAUUGCAGAGCAACAGACAAAUUUCAACACCGUUCUAACCCGAGAGAAGCUGAAGAAGGAGCAGAUCAUCAAUGAGCUCACAGAAAAGUUGCGGAAAGUAACUCAACAGCAGGAUAAGGACAAAGCUCUGAUCGAGACGCUGUCUGAAGACCGGGCUAGUAUGAUGCAGGAAAAAAAACACUUGGAAGAAGAGCUUAAUCGUCUGCGCAGUACUACAAUGGUCUCCUCUGCCUUCUUUACCUCAAACCCGUCACCACAAGAGGUCACAGAAACUGGAGCGGCAGCAGCAGGAGCUGCUGGAGCAGCAGCUCGCGCUCUUCCUGUUGCCGAGACCCUGGCUGACACUGACAGACUCGCCUCAGUGGCAGCGCUGCAAGACGAUGAACAAGUCGACUCAGCAGUGGAGGCCAGCAUGGUGACCGUCCAUGACAAUAUGAUGUCAGAGGAGAAACAACGGAUAAUGCUACUUGAGAGGACUUUACACAUGAAGGAAGAAGAAAACAAGCGCCUCAGUCAACGACUGAUGUCUCAAAGCAUGUCAUCUGUGUCGUCACGGCAUUCUGACAAAAUCGCCAUCAGAGAUUUUCAGGUAGGCGAUUUGGUUCUCAUCAUACUGGAUGAAAGGCAUGACAACUAUGUGCUGUUCACAGUCGGGCCCACCCUCUAUUUUCUCCACUCGGAGUCUCUCACUGCACUGGACCUCAAACCAGCAUCAGGGACGUCCAGACGGCCAUGGGUACUUGGAAAAGUAAUGGAAAAGGAAUAUUGCCAGGCAAAAAAGGCCCAGAACAGGUUUAAGGUUCCUUUGGGAACCAAGUUCUACAGAGUGAAAGCUGUUCCAUGGAACAGAAAAGUAUAAUAGCCAAGUAAUGCGCUAAAAUGUAUAUUUAUUUUGUUUAAUUUUUGAACAGAAUAUUCACAGCAUAAUUCAUAACUCUGAAAUUGAAAGACCUUCCAAAUAGAAACAUUUAUAACUGACAUACUACUUUGUGUUUCAGUUCAAAAUCUCACCUGGUAUCAUGCUUUUUGUUUUUUUGUUUUUUUUUUUAACCCAGAUUUGUUAUUGUGGACCAAAUGCUAUUAACCUUAUUACCAGGGCAUAGCCCUAUACACUGUGGCAUUAUGCCCUUUGACCUGUUUGUGAAACUGAACAAAAUUUGGAUGUUAAAUAUUAGUUCUCAUUAUCAGCACUUGUCCUUUUGUGGAAAAUAAUGUCAACGUCAUUAUCAACAUAAUUGAAUAAAAAUAUACAUUUAUAAUAAAUGUUUAUGAAGGAAUGUUCAUGGCAUGCAUAUUGAAAUAUUUUCUUUGAUUUACUUACCAGAUAAAUGUUGUAGUUGGAAAUGUAGUUAAUGCAGUUUGUUACUCACAAAGCAGUAUGGGCCUCUGUCAAUACUGAUAUGUACAUUAUGAUUGACUGAAGGAAACAGUCGUCUCUGCAAUCCUUGAAAUGCACUUUGAAAAACGAUGCUUUUGUUGAUUUGAAAAGGGAAGUUAAUUGAGCUGUAAGAACUACGUAAAUAUAUCAGCACAGACUUCUCACUAAUAGAAUAUUGAUAUGUAGAAAAGAAUACAUUGUGACUGUGUUUCAUUAUCGGGAGACAUUGUAUAUUACUCAUUAAAUCAAAUGUAACAAUAAAGGACUGUAAUGUAAAAGAUAGAGUUUUGAAACAAUAAAGGAUUGAUCCCAAAUGCAA